UCUAUCUGGGUCUUAAAGCCUCAGUAUAGUGAUAAUAUCACCUCUUUAAGAUAAAUCACUUGUUGUAUUCCUCAAUUGUAAGUUGCUUUGAAUAAAACCAUCUGAAAAAUGAAUGUGUAAAUGUAAAUAACCCUAUACUGUACAAGGGCUCUGUCCUUUCAAUGAAGUGUUGAACAAAUCUCUUGACUCACCCACUGCAUAAGGUUUGUUUGCAUUUACCACAGUGGGUUUUGUGGCAUCUCUUUUUCAUCUGUUUGAUGUUACACAGGUGAGUCAUGUAGCAUAUAAAUCAUGGUAGACACAUAACUUAAAUGAUUACGUUCUGUUCAAGCAGACUUAAAAUAGAAGGAAUAGAAUACGCUGUCAAUAUGUCUCUGUUUAGAACAAAGAUCUCUGAAAAACCCUCCACAACAUGAAGUGUUUAUAAUUAAUUGAUUCAUUACAGAAAAUGUGUGCCUGUUAUGCUGUAUUUAUGAAUGAAUAAUCUGAGAACAUAAUUUAUUGUGAUCAUAAAGUCAUGCAGCCUGAUUAUAUGUAGUCAUUUCAUUUUUAAAUCAAAUAACACUCAAAGCCCAUGAGGACAAACACUUUAUACUGUGUAACAAACACCACAUCAGACAAAGCAUGUAUAUUAAUGACAUAAAGGUAUUACAUAUAGGUAUUACAUCAGCUGUUUGUAUGUGUUUUUUUUUUUUUUUUUUUUUUUGGUGUCACACACUAAGAACAUGAGGAGGUUGGACAUGCUUCUUAUUUACACUAUAUAAAUGUGACCAGGGACAGUCAUCUGUUCUACAUCUCUUUAUGACUAUUUGCCAUGGAUUUACGGUGGCUAAUAUUUUAUCUUGCCUCAGUCGGGUGGGUGUCUGCUGCUGGAAACUGCAGUUAUAAGGAACUUAUCGAACAUCUCGGCUUGGACAACAGUGAUGUUCAGAUGACGUCCCUACGGCCCGUGCGUAACUGGACAACUCCUACCACUGUUUUUAUGAACCUGCUUGUGACCUCCAUCACAGAAGUGAAUGAAAAAGCCCAGAGCAUCUCAACACAAAUCACAGUUACAUAUGGUUGGCACAAUGAGUUCACAGUAUGGAACCGCAAUGACUUUUGUGGGAUCUUUCUCUGUUCAGUUAAAAAAGACAUGAUUUGGACUCCAGACAUCAGCAUAAUUGAAAGCAUCAAGACAGAGUUUGCAACCACAGAGUGUCAAUAUGUACAGUUGCAGGAUCAAGGCAUUAUUGUCACAUCUAACACUUUAGCCCUGACCACGGCCUGCAAGAUGAACCUGGACCAGUUUCCCUUUGACAUCCAAAGCUGCAACUUUACCCUUCAGUCUCCAAUCCAUUCAAGCAGGGAGCUCAUGAUCAGACCUUUCUCUGACGCAUCAUUCCUGACCCUCAACUCCAAGAAGGCCUUUCAGACUCAGGGAGAGUGGGAACUCCUCAGUAUAAAUAUUUCUACUGGCAAUGCCUCUACUCUAGGAGAAGAACAGGAUCAGCUGAUAUAUACGAUCACCAUGAAGAGGAAACCGUUCCUGUAUGUCAUUAACUUUCUGAUGCCAGUAUUUUACUUCCUUGUGCUGGAUUUGGCCUCCUUCUUCAUUGAUUCAAAUGGAGGAGAGAAGCUUAGUUUUAAAGUAACUCUGCUUUUGGCUAUUUCUGUGUUACUGCUGCUUCUUAAAGACAUGCUGCCCUCUACUGCCAAUGAUAUCCCACUGAUUGGCAUUUAUUGCGUUGUCAUCUUCACUCUCAUGGCCAUCAGUGUUCUGGAGACUAUUUUUGUGAAUUUUCUGAUGGCUAAAGGAAAUCAGACAGAUUCAGCAGCACCAGUUGUAUGCACAUCUGCUCUUUCUGAUACCAUAAAGGACACAAAUGGCCCUUCAGACUCAAUGGCAGACCACAGUGAAGAGCGGCCGUACACUCUUAAUGCUCUGAAGCAGAUCCUCAUGGAGUUUCAGGCUGCUGCUCAUCAAAACCAACAAGAGAGGAAACCCUUGUGCUGGACCAGAGUGGCAACAAUAAUAGAUGUUAUCUUCUUUGUUCUGUACAUAACCACUGUUAUUGUGUUUCUGGCAUUACUGUUCAAAGAUUGGUUCAUGAGUAAAUAUAAUUUUAUAGCCCUGUAGAUGAGAUUAUUCAUGUUUGUAUUUAUUUUAAAAGUGCAAUUGUAGUUCAAUUGUAGUUAAUGAAUAUAGAUCCUAAAAAUCAUGCACUUUCCAAAAUAAUAUGCUAACUUUUAUUCACUGAUAGUAAAAAACUACCCUCUUUGUUCUCUUUCUCUGGCUCAUCAUGUCUUCAUAUUUACAAGCUUCAUAUCUCAACCUGGCUACUUUACACUAAUGUUAAACUUAUAACUAAAGGACUAUUUACCAGUGAAUUAAUUAAUAUCUGAUAAAUAAACUCCUAUUUCAACACUACUGACAUUAUUCAUAAAUGCUGUUAAAAUUUCUUUUACUGCUUUUGUCUUUUAUUGACAUGAAAUGCAUUGUUUGCAUGAGGAAGUAGAAGUAUAAUAUCCUUACAAGAGAAACUGACAGUAAUGUUUCAUUAGGAUCAUAGACUAUGACAAAAAAAUCAGCUCAUGAUUAUAUUAAUGAUAACUGACUGUAUGAUAAUGUCUCUGGAGGUGGCAUCACAAAUGAACAAAAACAGAAAUAAUAUAAAUAUGCGUCACUAAAAAGGUGUCACUAUAAUGGAGAUUUUGAUACUGCUCACAAAAAAGCCAAAUAAUUUUACCUAUGCAGUUAUGUGAGCAGAUAUUCUACAUAAUAAUAAUAAUAAUGAUGAAAAUGUUAAUUCAUCCAUCCAUUAAUAAUUGUCUUCACAACAGGUUUCAGUGAGUUCAGCUGCAUGCAAAUCAGCUUUUCAGCUGGAAAUUGUGUCGCAGAUUCAACAGCAAUAGAAUGUUUUGAUUCAAAAAUAAAACUCACAGUUGGUCACAACUGAAAAUGUGAGGAUUUUGUUUUUCAGUCAAUCGUUCAGUCACUUCUCAAAUAGCCUUUCUUGUUUGGAAACAUCUUUCAGUCAGCAUUAGCUUUUCAACAAAUCAUACAUUUCUAAAUACAAAUCGGUUCUUUCUACAUAUUUUAAUUGAUUUGACUCAAGAGGACUCUGUUGAUGUCGUCUGAACUCUUCACGAUGAACGAUCGUCAGUCCGUCACAGAUCAGAUCCUCCAUCUCUAUGUUUAUGAGCUGCAUCUGAAAAUCAUUGAACAGCAUUUGCAGGCUGCUCAGGAAGAUCUGAACUGGAUUUUUUCUGCUCAGGAGAUGAAAGAAGAUGAUGUGAAAACCCAAAGAACUGUUUCAAGCCUGCAAAAGGAGAACUGCAGCCUAAAACCAGAGGAGACGCUCCAGCAAGAGCCUGUUGAAGAGGAGGUGCUGAAGAUCACAGUGGAAGAAUCAGCUGCGUCAGUGCAGGAGACUGUGACAGAUCAGACCUCUGUGGAAGCUGAAGACACCAGUGCAAUGGAAAAGAAGUCCAGGAGGAAAAGAAAGACCUGUGGCUGCUUCUCAUGGUUAUGGAGCUGCAAACGUUAGUUUAUUCAUCUCAAGCUCAUUGUCUGAGAUGAAGUUACUGACAAAAAGAUAACUCUACUUUGUAUCAGUUUCAUUCUGUUAAUAGACAUUAAAAAUGAUGAUGCUAUAUUA